GCGCGCUCGGCGGGGGCCGGGGGUGCCGAUGAUGGGAACGAGUCCGUGCGCGCGCCUCGCCCACCCGGGUCGACCCCAAAAGCGCGCGCGCGCGCCUCCGGGUGGGCGGGAAGGGGCGGGGCGGAGAGGCGCGCCCCGAGGAGGGCUAACCGAGACCCAGGCGGAGCGCGAGGGUCGCGCCUGGGAAGAGCAGGACUUUGGGAGGAGCCGCUUUCUGCCCCUCUCCUCCUGCUUCGCCCCAAAGAAAAAUUCUAACUCCCUCCAGACCCAAAUGUCACUCUCCUUGACACUGUUCCUCUGAGAGAAAGGGCGACUACCAGGGGUGGUCUCAGCAACGGCCCCAUCCUCUCCGUUUCCUGGCCCAGGUCGGUAGUCAGUGUAACCCUUCCCCAGCCUGGAACCCUCCCUCUUUGUGGUUAUGGAGCCCCAAACCUCUCCUGUCCUUGCACCAGGGGGAGGUCGCAAGGUAACUUAAGUCCCGGGUGGUCCUUGGGCCCCAACCUUCAUUUGGUUACUAUGGCAACCUCACCUAGCACUCAGGUAGAAAGGACCCCAGCCCCAAGGACACUGCUGAGAGAACACCUCUUUCCCAACCCCUCCCCCUAGCCACCCAGCUGGCAUUACCAUGGUAACCGUUUCCCCCCCUCUUUCUCAUCGUGGGAGGUCCAUGGACCAAGCCAACCAGGUGUUUUUAUUUAGAGAAGAUGCUCUGCUGAGGAACCGUUGCUAUGGUUACAGGGCCUGGACCAGGAGGUGGAAAAAGGCAAGGCCAACCCCUGGUUGCUAUGGUAACCAGGGACCUACAAGGAUAGUCCCCCUUCCCGUGUCCCUAAGAACCAGGCCCACCAAGGUAGGGGACAGUUUUAAGAUUGUGUCUCAGGAUGGAGUGGGUCUAGGGAAGGGGUUGUUACGGUAAUGGCUUUGGUCACUUCUAGUACCACCUUUCUGGGCACAUAUAUAAGAAGGGAUGGUUAUAGGCUGCUGGGAUAACUGACAUCCUUCCCACCCAUUCCUGAGAUACCCCAGGUGGGGCCCGAGCUCAUGGAACUUCAAAGAGAAAGGAUUCUCUGACCUUCUCAUUGCCACUUUUGCAGGCAAGGUGAAAUCGUACUCUGCUGUACAAAAUUGGCUGAUUUGGGGUUUUCUGGUUCUCGUUCCCUCAGCAGUGCAGCUGAGCUGGGCUGGAGCCGCCCACCCGGAGCUCCCGCAGCAACCUAGGAGAUGGGACAGCCGAGGCUCAGUCCAGAGCAGAGCUCAGGCCAGGUGAACCUAGGCCGAAAGUGAACCUGAGUCUACUUACAUUGUUUUCUGGGGAAUGGAGAGACAAAGUCUCAGCUUGACUGUCCUCUCCUCCUGGACCACCUUUUCUCUGUCACACCCCCCGCCGGUUUCCUGACCCAUCUGAUGCCCCGGAAGCCCAGCUAGGGCCCGACUUUGGCCCCAUGCGUCUCACCUGCUGCCAGGCUGCCCUGGCAGCCGCCAUCACCCUCAACCUCCUGGUCCUCUUCUAUGUGUCAUGGCUGCAGCACCAGCCCAGGAACUCCCGGGCCCGGAGUCCCCGCCGUGGAGCGGCUGCCGGCCCCCGUGUCACCGUCCUGGUGCGGGAGUUCGAGGCCUUUGACAACGCGGUGCCUGAGCUGGUGGACUCCUUCUUGCAACAAGACGCCACCCAGCCUGUGGUGGUGGCCGCGGACACGCUCCCCUACCCGCCCCUGGCCCUGCCCCGCGUUCCCAACGUUCGCCUGGCGCUGCUCCAGCCCGCCCUGGACCGGCCCGCCGCGGCCUCGCGCCCCGAGACCUACGUGACCACCGAGUUCGUGGCCCUGGUGCCUGACGGGGCGAGGGCCGAGGCCCCGGGCCAACUGGAGCGCAUGGUGGAGGUGCUCCGGGCAGGAGGGGCACGCCUGGUGGCCGCCCCUGUCGCCUCGGCCAACCCUGCCCGGUGCCUGGCCCUGAACGUCAGCCUGCGGGAGUGGACGGCCCGCUACAGCCCCGCGCCCUCCGCGCCCCGCUGUGACGCCCUGGACGGAGACGCGGUGGUGCUCCUGCGCUCCCGCGACCUCUUCAACCUGUCGGCGCCCCUGGCCCGGCCGCUGAGCACCGGCCUCUUCCUGCAGACGGCCUUGCGGGGCUGGGCGGUGCAGCUGCUGGACCUGCCGUUCGGCGCGGCGCGCCAGCCACCCCUGGCCACGGCCCACGCGCGCUGGAAGGCAGAGCGCGAGGGGCGCGCGCGGCGGGCAGCACUGCUGCGCUCGCUGGGCAUCCGCCUGGUAAGCGGGGAGGGCGGGCGCCUCGAGUGGUUCGGUUGCAGCAAGGAGACCCCGCGCUGCUUCGGGACGGUGGUGGGCGACACACCGGCCUACCUCUACGAGGAGCGCUGGACGCCCCCGUGCUGCCUGCGCGCUCUGCGGGAGACCGCCCGCUAUGUGGUGGGCGUGCUGGAGGCGGCGGGUGUGCGCUACUGGCUGGAGGGCGGCUCGCUGCUCGGGGCCGCCCGUCACGGGGACAUCAUCCCGUGGGACUACGAUGUGGACCUGGGCAUCUACCUGGAGGACGUGGGCAACUGCGAGCAGCUGCGGGGGGCCGAGGCGGGCUCGGUGGUGGACGAGCGCGGCUUCGUGUGGGAGAAGGCCGUAGAGGGCGACUUCUUCCGCGUGCAGUACAGCGAAAGCAACCAUCUGCACGUGGACCUGUGGCCCUUCUAUCCCCGCAAUGGAGUCAUGACCAAGGACACAUGGCUGGAUCACCGGCAAGAUGUCGAGUUCCCCGAACACUUCCUGCAGCCUCUCGUGCCCCUGUCCUUUGCUGGCUUCGUGGCGCAGGCACCUAACAACUACCGUCGCUUCCUGGAGCUCAAGUUCGGCCCCGGGGUCAUCGAGAACCCAGAGUACCCCAACCCGUCCCUCCUGAGUUUGGCAGGAAGUGGCUGAAGCUCCUGCGCCCGCCCAGGGGGGUCUGGAGAACACUCAGGCCAGGGAGUGGGGGGUAUGGGGAGACCUGGCCUUGGCUAUGGUGCUGGGGGCAUGUGGUGGGCGGGCCGGGGUUGCGGAGCUGCCGGGCAAGGCCCAGCACCGUCCUGCACUUGGAAGACGUGCCCCGACCAAGAUUUCCGAGAGCUUGGGUUUAUUUGGAGCAAAGACAGUUUUGUAAAGAGGAAAAUGUGUACGUUUUGCGCCCGGACUGCCGCGAUUAGAACCCCAGCUCUGCCACUUCCUAAUUAGGCGGGCCGGGUGAGUGUCUUCGCAGCAUCGCGCUCCCAAAGAGCCCGCAGGACGCUUGGCUGCUGGGGCUGCUUCCGCCACUAGAGGGCGCCUCUGUCCUAGUCUGGGGUCCAAGGCCCAGGUAAGCCCUGGACCUCCCGGUUCCCGGAGCUUCCCUAACUUGAACCUUUUGGUCUCUCCAAUCCCCUGUACCUGGCGGGACAGGAUGACUGUCUCCCUUCUUCCAGAAUGUGACCUCCUGGCCUCCUGCGAACGCCCUGUGAAUUGCAUGCUGCUCUUAACCACAUCUUGCAGAGGAGGAAACGGGCUCAGCCUUGAGCUGCCGCAGUGAGUAACCGAGCUCUGGAUGCCAGACCCCCUCCGGAUUAACUGCGUUACGUCGUGGUUUCAGCGCUCCGCACCUGGUAGACCACUUGCGCGGCAGGAUGAACAGCAGUCAGAGCUCACGUUACUCAGCUCAUAUGGUGUGCCCGGCGUCCUUCUCAGUGCUGGACGACGAGUGACUGCUCCAUCUCUCACCUCAACCCUCUGAGCCAGAGCUGCUAUUAUUUCCAUUUUACAGGUGAGCACACUGAGGCCAGAAUGGCAGAGUCACUUGCCCAAGGUCAGACAGCUUAGAAAGCAACAGAGCAGGGACUUGAACCCCGGCAGCCAGGCUGGAGCGCACACUGAAUUUGGCUGCUGUGCCCCCUUUCUAGUUACGCUACAUGAGAGGGGGGUCCCUGGGAGUCCACACCCUUAGCUGGUGAAGCCAUGGCGGCCUUCCUCCUGUGCUCGUGCACCCAAGAUUAAAUGCCAUUUGAGCAAGUAUCCCGAAUAUACUUAUUUAUAAAUUAUAUACAGGUACUUCUGUUGUUCUGUGUAUUAGUAAUAAGGCUUAAAUUAUUCCAUUUUAAAAUAAACAGAGAAGGUUUUGUUUACAUGGCUCAUCUUAGUGACUUGUCCCAUUUGGAACCACAGGCUCUGAGGCAGGAGAGGCCUGGGGUCAAAACCCAGCUCUGCCUCUUUCUCCCACUGGGAUCUUAGGCCACCAUGACUCUGCCUCUCUGAACCUCUGCUUUGCGCCUGGGAAUUGCGGGUCGUGAACAUUCCCCCCACGGGGGUGCUGUGAGCCACUUGAGUGGUAAAGGCUCAGGAAUCAAGGCUGUGUUUGGCUCCUGGCCAACUUUAUUUGUGAUCUUAGGCAAGUCCCUGUCUCCCUGGACCUAUAGGUUGGUUGUGGGGGAUGGGGGAGAUUGAAGAAGCCGGAAGCCAGGGGGAGGGGGAGGGGGAGGGGGAGGAAGAAGAUGAUCAAUGCAAAUCUAAUCCCAUCUCAAACGUGGCUCAGACAUGCAGAGUCCGACUUCUUAGAUCACAGCCUCUAUUUUUAGCCACUGAACCUGCAAAGGGCUCCCAGAGACUGUUGGGUUUCCACAGAGCAUUCUGGAAACAUAAGGGGAUGAUUUUGACUCUCGGGAAGCGUAGCCCAGGGAUGGAGAGGUCAUAAUAGGCAGGACCUCUCCACAGGGUAAAGCACUGGCCCUUGUCAUAUACAGUUUUGAAAGCCCCGUUGGACAUUCCUGAAGGGAGUGCGAUUUUCAAAAUCUUAGCAACUGGUACGGUGAUACAAAUUAAUAUAUAUGUCAGUAUAUGCAUCACAAUGUGUAAAUAUUUCUUUUUUCUCUGAAGGAUGGAAAUGAUCUGUAUAUACAUAUUUCUUUCAAUUGUUUGCCAGGAACAUGAGCUGAAACUCAGAUUAUUGUUAAAUCAUGCAAUUAUUUUGUUUUAUUUAGAAACUUACUU